CUUCCCUCACAGAUGAGGAAAUGAAAGUUGUCCCAGAAAUUGUCAAACUGAUGUCCCCCCUGAAAUUGGCAACUAAGCUCCUCAGUGAGGAGAAGACCCCCACUCUCUCCAUCGUUGCCCCAAUGUUGGCCAAACUACGGUCAGACUUUGGAGCAAAGCACAGUGAUCUAUCAGUCAUUGGCAAGAUGAAAGACCAGUUCAGAAAUGACUUUGACUCCCGUUACAACUACAUCCAAGACUUCCUCGACAACGCCUCAGCGCUUGAUCCCCGCUUCAAAGAGCUGAACUUUGUGAACAACACUGCAAAGGACGUGAUAUUCCUGAGGAUAGCAGAAGAAGUGGAGGAUAUGGCAAGGGCUGAUGGUAUGCUGGAUGAUGGCCAGGCAGCAGACGCAGAAGGUGAUGGGAGACGCCACGGGGAGGAGGACGCGGAGGCGGAGGAGGAGUUCGAGGAGGAGAUCGAGGAGGAGGAAAAUAAAGUGCAGGAGAUGGAAGAAGAGGAGAGAGGUGAGCCAGAGCCUCCAAAGAAGAAGUCAGCCUUGGACCUGUUGCUUGGAACGUUCCUCACUCCUAGAGCACCAGAGAAGACCAUCAGAGAGAGAGCUAAGGAGGAAAUAUCAAAAUACAGGGGGAGGGAUGGGUUAGGUGUCAAUGGUGAUGUGUUGCAGUGGUGGAAAGACCAAGUGGAUCUUCCACUGCUUUCAAAAUUGGCCAGGAGCUAUUUGUCCAUCCCUGCAACAAGUGUCCCCUCUGAACGAGUGUUCAGCACAGCAGGGGACAUUAUAACAGCAGAGCGCAGUCGGCUUCUCCCUGAACAUGUGGACCAACUAAUCUUCCUGAAAAAAAACCUUAAGAAAAGCCAUAUGAAAUAAAUCACAAAUUGAGGUGUUGAUAGUGA